UCGUCGACGCUCUCGCCGUGCGCGCAUGUGGAACAUGGGAUUGCUUUUCCUCAUCUACUACUGCGUGAGCAUCUACUCGGCCAAGGGUGAUGAUAAGCCGACAUUCCCCCUGGAUGUUGGCGCUCUGCCCGAAGCUGCCGAUGCCGAUGUGCCGCCCGAACUUGUGAACACUUCUCCCAACCCCAUGCUGUCCACUGAAAAAUUCGAUGAGCCGUUGCUAACUACGAUGGCCACAGUGCAUGGUGCGGUGCCCACUUGGCGUCCGAAGCGAGAGAACUGCACGCCACCGGCCAUUGAGCAAUUUCCGCAGCCAUUGAUGAACAAAUGGGCGCGACGACAUGGUGGCCUCAUCCUCCACAUCCUGGUGGCCAUCUUCACCUUCUUCGGCCUGGCCAUUGUGUGUGACGAAUACUUUGUGGCCAGUCUGGACAGACUCUGCGAGGAGCUGCAUCUAUCGCCGGAUGUGGCUGGUGCCACAUUCAUGGCUGCUGGCAGCUCAGCUCCAGAGUUGGCCACCGUUGUCAUUGGCGUGUUCUUUGCCAAGGAUGAUAUUGGCAUUAGUGGCGUCAUUGGUUCCGCUGUGUUCAACAUCAUGUUCGUCAUCUCGGUGUGUGCUCUGUGCUCCGGCACUGUUUGCCAGCUCAACUGGUGGCCUCUGGUCCGCGAUUGCUUCUUCUACUGCGUGUCCAUAUUGGUCAUGCUGAUAAUCAUUUUCAAUGAUGUCAUCUCCUGUUUCGAGUCUGUGGUAAUGCUGCUCUGCUAUGUGGGCUACUGUGUAGCGCUGUGUUUCAAUACGGAACUGGAGCGCUGGGCGUUGAGCUUGAAUCUGCCCUUCAAGCUGCCCAGCAAGGAGGAGCAAUCGGCAUUGGUGACAUAUAAGAAUGUGCCCGAAAGUUCCUACACCCAGGGCAACGGGGGACAGACGCAGACGAAGGAAACCGAUCCCAGUGCGCAACAGAAGCAACAGGAUCCGACACAAGGCGACUAUCAGAGCUACAAUGACCCCAAUGCCAGCUGGGAUCCCAACGCGGCCUGGGGCGAAGAGUCGAGCCAGAGUCAAGCGGCAGCAGCGAUGCCAAUGGCAGCCAGUGCUAGAAGCAGCCAACCGCCGGUCGAUGAUUGGGGCAUGGGUCAGUUCAAUCAGGGCCAAGGUCAAGAGAAUAUGGGCUAUCACGGAGAUCAGCCGGAUUCGGUGGUAACGGGUGAGCAGGCUGCUGCUGCAGCCGGAACCGGAGCCGGAGCUAAAAGUCAAGUGGCGACAACGCCGGGUGGCGGCGUUGAGUAUUACAAAUCGACGGAUAAACAGCGUGAGGCACGCUCCGAUCCAUUGAUGCGACCCACGGAGGGCGGUUUGCCAGCAUUGGUCGCCUGGUAUGUGGUAUAUCCGAUCCACUAUCUGUGCAAGUUGACGAUGCCGGAUUGCCGGCAGCAUCAGUAUCGCAAUUGGUAUCCAUUCACGUUUCUCAUCUCAAUGGUUUGGAUCUCGUUCUAUUCGUACUUUAUGGUCUGGAUGAUAACGGUGAUUGGCUCCACGUUGGCCAUACCCGACACUGUGAUGGGCCUGACGUUCGUUGCCGCUGGCGUUUCGGUACCGGACGCCCUAAGCUCAAUAGCGGUUAUCAAAGAGGGCUUCGGCGACAUGGCCGUAUCGAAUGCAAUUGGCUCGAAUGUCUUUGAUAUACUAGUGUGCUUAGGUCUUCCGUGGUUCAUACAAACGGCUAUCAUUGCGCCCGGCUCGCACGUCAAUGUCAUAUCCAAGGGUCUGGCAUAUUCCACACUCUCGCUCUUCUCCACCGUUGUCUUCUUGAUACUGUCGACCCAUCUGAAUGGCUGGAAAUUGGACAAACGCUUGGGCAUUAUACUGAUGAUUUGGUAUCUGUUCUUCAUCACGCUGGCGGCGCUCUACGAGAUGAACGUCUUUGGCUACAUGAACCCACCAGAAUGUCCAAGUGAAUUCUAAAUGGAUAAAACGAUUAACUUGACUUAUAGACCGACGCACCUAGAAUCACAUCACCAGCACCAAGUAUGCAUAUGAUGAAUACCAUAUGAAUAAGUACGGACAUAAACGAGUACUCGUGCAGUACGCAGCAGCAACAACUAUAAAAAUAAAUAAACAAAAUAGUCCCAACAACAACAAUAGAAAACAACAACAACAACUUGAUAAUAGAUGUAAAUGAAAAUGUUAUUGUUAAUGGGACAACAAUUUAUUACUCAACGCGCGUUUUACAUGGAUUUUUACAUGCACCAAUUGAAUGAAAAUAUAUACUAUAUACAUACAUACUAUAUAAUAUAUAGAUGCAAAGAAAGAAACCCAUAUACAAGAACAUAUAUAGAAGCAUAUAUAUAGCACUGUAGAUAGGGUGAAAUGUAUUAAAUUAAGUACAAGUAACAAGUAUAAACAAAAAGCAGCAAAUCAAUGAAAUUUGUUGUCACGGUUUUAUGGAACAACACGAAUAGAAAAGGAACAACGCAAAAUUCAACAAAAACACUUACACUCACAUAUACAUACAUAUAUAAAGUUGACGAAUGUUUUACAUUAAGCAAUGAUUUUUACAUCAAUUUAUAAUAUAUAUGUAUUUAUCGAAUGUUGUUUGGUUUGUAAGAAUCUCUUUUCCACAUAGAAACAUUCUUUCGAUUCUCGUUUCACUUCUCAUUUUGAGAUCUUACAAGUCAUACAAAGAAAUGAAUUCAUUUUACUUAAUCAAUGAAUGAUAUCAACGAAUUUUUGUGUUUAAUUUGUUAUUACAUUUUUAUAUUAAUUAUACCCUGUAAUAAAAGAUUCCAAAGACAAGAGUCUGUUUGUCUGAUAGAGAUCAAUAGAUUCGAUUAUAAGAGAUAAAUUAAAUUAUGUAUUAGAAACAAAUUUCUUUUUUACUUUACACUUAAUACCGGGUAUAUGCUAGUCGUUUCCCAUUCGACUAGAUACUUGUUUUAUGUUCGUAUUUUGACUCACACAUUUACAUUGAUACCAGAAGCAUUCAACAAGCAGGAUAAAACAGAACAGAAAGCAAAUUUCAAGUAAUAUUUAUGUAGAUAUUUUAAAUGCAAUUUGCAAUAAACGAAAUAUGAAAAUAUGAAUGUAUAUUUUGUACAAUUAAGUAAAUAUAUUUACAAAAUAGCCACAUUGAUUAAACGAAAACGUCCUAAGUUUAGCCACAUACAACAACAACAACAACUAUCGUUUAAACAGAAACAAAAACAAAAAAGAAAA